AAGCGAAAAUUUCCUAAUUCCGAAAGGCACAAAUUUGAAAUUUCAGGUCUGUUUCUGCACAAAUUCGCUCCUCAAAAUCACACACACACGCACUGUCUCUCCAUUCAAGUCUCCCUUUUUGUGUGUGUUUUCUCGAGUGCUCACACAAUACAUGAUUGGGAAUUGUUUGAUCGUCUUUCUCUGAGGAAGAGGCGAAAUAUAAUCAACUUGAAUUCGGGACCGCUAUUCGAAAUCUUAGUGAAACACUGGAUUCGCAUAGAUAUAUACAUAUAUAUAUAUAUAUAUACACACACAAAUAUAUUCAAUUUUCGUAAAAUGACUGAUAGAAAAGGUAAGAAACGCACUUUGAUUACAAUCUCUUCGUCUUCCGAAGAAGAAGCAGAACAGAGUGAAGAACAAUCAGAGUCAGAAGAAGAAGACGAUGACGAUGAUGAAGUUCUGGUUUUCAGUGACGACGACGACGACGAUGAGGGUUCGAGUGAGUGGAGUGAUGACAAAGAGGAUGAAUCGGACGAUCAGGAUGACGAGGAGUCUUCUGAUCCCGACGCCGAUGAAUCUCACUGCGAUAGAGUCAUCCGUUUCCUCCAAGAAAGGAGUGAUCUACAAGAACUAAAUCUUCACGAUUGCAAAGCUUAUCUACGGAAGUAUGGACUGAGAAUCACAGGGACCAAGGUAGAAUGUAUACAGAGAAUCAAGGAGCAUUGGAGGAUCAAAGAUGGAAAUGGCGAAGCACUCUAUCCCAGAUCAUCUUUCAAUAUUAACUGUACAGGGGAUGUCUGUAGAGGAGAUGUAGUUUUGUUCACACAGAAAGUAUAUGAGAAGUUUGACAAAGUGACUAGGAGAGGACGUCUUCUUGGGAAGAGAACUAUAGCUGGGAGGAUUGUUAAGGAAAGCUAUGGUGCAGCCAAGCAACAACAUACCUUCUCGGUAGAAGUAUUGUGGAGCAAGGGGAUUAAGAAAUUGCCUCCACUUUUUCCUCUGCUUGUCAAAGGCCGCAACCUCUAUAAAUUGAAGACUUUCAGACAGUGUUGGAAGAAUGAAGCACAAAGAUCAAGAGUCCUUGCUGAGAAGCACAAAAGAGGGGCAGCAGCGAGGCUCAAGAGAGCAAUGAAGAAGACCGAGGGGCCACGGUCUACAAAUGGAGAUGUGAAGCGUCAGAAACAUUCUCAUCAUUCAUGCCCAUCCGGAACGCGACAGAGAACUGAACCCGAGAAAAGAAAGCAUGUUGAUGGAGUUGGAAAGGCCUCUAAGACACAUCGUCAAAAGGCCCCUCAAGUUGGACGAGUGAAGUCUAAGCAAACUACACAAUCAGGACCAUUGAAAUCUAGAAAGGUCCCUCAAGUUGGACGAGUGAAGUCUAAGCAAACUACACUAUCCGGACCUUUGAAAUCUAGUAGGCAUCCUCAAAACCUCACCCGUGCCACCAGAAACAGAGACUCCUCGUUUCAGUUGCAUGCUUAUCCUCCCCGAAAUUUUCACCAGCCUCAACUGGAAUUUCACCACCAGAGACCGCCAGUUCACCUUCCUCGUUAUGAAGUCGGCUCUGCAUCAUCUACAACGUGGUUCCCACAGCACAGUAGUUACAUGGGUUCAUCUGCAAUGCCUCCAUCACAAUACCAAGGUUUAAACCAUGCAACUUAUCCCCUCCGCGCCAAUUUACAUCAUAGCUACGAGUUUCAGCCAAGGAACCCGAACCACUUUCCAGAAUCAAUGAACAUCUAUAGACCGUUGCACUCGUAUCCCUAUGGAAACGAGUCAUUUGGACACAGGAAUUAUAGAUAUUAGAGAUGUUAUAUGUAGGGAUGUCAUACCUAAGCUGUGUAGUUCAUGUACAUUAGAAAUGUUGCUAUAAGAUUGCGAAAGCCCAAUGCAGCAAACCACAUUCCCUCCCUUGAUUGAUUUGGCUUUGUGCAAAAUAAAAUUUCUUUA